AUAACUACUUAUCAUAUUACCCGCGUCUGCAAUUGGACUAUAAAAGCAAAUAGUUCCUUAACUUCGCCAUCAGUUUUCGGUCUAAGUAUCGACAGCAAUAAACCAAGUCAAGAUGAAGCUCGCCAUUGUCCUUUUGGGUUUGGUCGCCCUCUCCGUCGCCGCUCCACAACAACGCGGUAUCGUUCAGAAUAUCGUCCAACAGGAAGCUAACAAGGCUCAGGCUGAAUUGAAGAAUAUUGUUAACCAAGUCAACGCAUUGACCAACAAAAUCCAAACUGAGGCUGACAAUGUCAUCUCUGCUGCCAAGGCCAAGAUUGAACCCGCUAUCGAAGAAUUGGAAAGCGAAAUCAACAAAUUGAUCGAAAAGGGAGGAGUUGUUGCUGAUUGUGCUGUAAAGAACCGUCAUGAUUUGGAUGCAUUCAAGUCCAUCGCUUUCGACAAGCUACCAAACUGCGCCUCAGGCUUGGCCGAAGACAUUGCUGACGUUCUAGGAGGCGUUUCGGGAGAUAUCACUUCCUUGGGAACUGCCAUCGCUGAUUUGGGUCUUAUUGUUUCACAAUGCUCUGUAGGCGGUGAGGCAGCAGCUGCAGUUUGCGCUGCUACCCAGGUUGGACCAAUUGCAAGCAAUAUCCUCACCAUCGUCGGUGAUGCCAUCUCUGCUGUUGGAAUUGCCAGUGGCAAGGCCCCCGCUCUUGUUGCCGAUGUCGAAUACUGUUCUACCAAUGUCGUCGGAAAUGCUCUUGCCACCAUUGGUAAAUUCUCCGAAGCUGUCAAGCAAUGCGCUUAAGUAUUUAAAUUUUAUUCCUGCUGAAAUUACAAUAAAAGUACUUUAAAUCAAAAAAUAAUA